AUGUUGGCUGACGCUCUCCUCCUAAGCAUGUCGACGGCCUACCACCUCUCCAACCACCCGAACAAGUUCGACGUCACCGUCAUCGACUCGGUCGACUACUGCGGAGGCCAGGCCUUCUCGAUCCCCCUCGACAAGGACCGCCACGGCGCCAGCUGGUUCAACCAGGGCGUGCAGGGCGGCAGCUACAUCUUCCACCACACGCUGACCAUGUUCGCGCGCCAGGGGUACCACGCCGAUCCCGUCGAGCUGCAGGUCUCGUUCGGCAAGGACGAGCGCUUCUGGACCAACGUCUUCCCCACGGGCUUCCUCGCGAAGCACCAGGCCGAGGUCCGCAGGCUGGCCUUCAUGCUGCGGUUCAUGCGCUGGUUCGAGGUCGUCUUCGCGCUGCUGCCGCUCAAGCUCGUCUUCAAGCUGUUCUUCUUCUCGGACGAGUUCACCAACGUCGUCGGCCUCCCCAUGACGGCCCUGUUCCUGGGCACCGGCAAUGCGACGCCCGAGGUCCCGGCCAUCAUGCUGGAGCGCCUCUGCACGUCGCCGACGUACGGCAUGUGGUACCCGGUCGACGAGGACAGCGUCGUCUCGAACCACCCGCCGAUGGUCGUCUUCCCCAACUUCACCGACUUCUACACCGCCUGGAAGAAGGACCUCGAGUCCCGCGGCGUCACGGUCCGCCUGUCGACCGAGCUGACCGAGAUCGUGCACCGCAACAAGCGCGGCGUGCUCGUCAAGACCAAGCCGCGCACCCCGGCCAGGGACGGCCACAACCCCGUCGACGGCGACCCGGACGCGCCCGAGUCCGAGGAGCACUACGACGAGCUGGUGCUCUGCGUCCUCGCCGACACGGCCAAGAAGGUGCUCGGCAAGACGUCGUCCUGGCGCGAGCGCAGGGUCCUCGGGUCCGCCACCUUCUCCGACGACAUCACCAUCACGCACCACGACGCCGACUACAUGAAGAAGUACUACGAGAACUUUUACGACGAGGACAAGGCCGUCCGCGUCCUCGGCAAGAACGGCGACCGCGACCAGUCGUCGCGCCUCGAGUACGCCCGGGACAACUUCCGGCCCAUGUACUACAUCCGCAUGUACGACGGCGACCUCUCCAAGCUCGAGAUGAGCUUCGACACGACCAACUACCAGUCCCAGUUCCCGGACAAGGUGCCCUUUGAGCAGCACGUCUUCCAGACCAUCUACCUCAACAAGGGCCGCGACCGCAAGCACUGGACCGACGGCGAGAUCGCCGAGGACAAGAUCAUCCGCGCCGACUGGUGGCACCAGCUCUGCCACUCGUGGACGCACUACCUCUUGGUCGUGCCGUGGAUGAUGUUCCUGCAGGCGCGGCGCCGCACCCGCUUCGCCGGGUCGUGGACCCUGGUCAACGCGCACGAGGUCGCCAUCAUGUCGGGCAUCGCCGCCGCCGUCGACCUGGGCGCCGACUAUCCGGAGGACCUCGAGCACGACCGCUUCGCUUUCCUGAGCUUCCGGCUGUACUACCUCCUCGCGUACGGCCGGUGGUACCGCCGGCGGUUCCAGGGCAGCGGGAGCCAAAGGGCCAAGGACGGCGCCGGGUGGGCGUCGGGCCUCUACGGCAGCGUGUACAAGGGGCCCGGCGUCGCGACGGAGGAGAGGUCGACGUGGAGGGAGGAGGUCAAGGCGGGCCGGAGCACGGAGAACCUGGCGGACGGCAACAACGGGCGCAGCCAGCCUUGA